AUGGCUGCAACAUUUGAUUGCAUUCAUUCCAUUAAUCAAUCUCGUGAGGAUUGGAAGAUCAAAGUACGCAUUGUUCGAUUGUGGUCCAUUGCUCCUCAUGCUGUUUCAAACGAGCCUACAUCACUUGAGAUGGUUUUGCAGGAUGAAGCUGGUGAUCGAAUUGGAGCUUUUGUUAGGAAAGGAGUUGCUCGUCACCAUUCUCGAUUUCUUCGUGAAGGUCGUGCCUUUAUUCUCACGCAAUUUGGUGUUGUUGAGAAUUCUGGAUCAUACAGGACCACACACCACGCUUUUAAAGUGAUGUUUCAAUAUUCGACUACUGUGCGACCUGUGGUGGAUAACAAUAAGAUCCAUUCUCAUGGCUUCUGCUUUACCCCAUUUAGUGAUAUCAUAUGCGGUGAUUCAAGGGAGGAAUAUUUAGUUGAUAUCAUAGGGAGACUUGCUGCAGUUGGGGAGAUUCAAAAAGUUGUUGUUAAUGGACGACAGGAGCAAAGGCUUGAUAUAUUAUUGGAUGAUGAUAAGAGAAAUUACCUUGAAGUUACUUUAUGGGGUGCCCUUGCCAAUGAUGUUCUUCGUUAUAUGAAAGGCCCCACACGUUGUCCCAUCAUUGUGAUUGUCCAGUGGUGCAAGAUACGAGUUUUCAAGGGGAUUAAGAAAGUUUCCAACUCUCUUUUCGCUUCCCGUUUGUUCAUCCAUCCUACCAUGGAUGAAGUCAGCACCUUUGUUGAAAGCCUUAAAGCUGCUGGUGUCGAAAUUGAGAAGAGGCCAAUUCACCUUCCUAAUCAACCUACCUUAAGUGUCGAGGAUGAGAUCUUGCACUGCCCGAAUCGUAAAUAUAUAUGCCAGCUUCGUGGAGGGCCACUUGAUGCUGAUUGCGUUAUCUAUGCUGAGGUUGUUAGUGUUGACACCGAGCGGGGAUGGUAUUAUAUCGGCUGCCAAAAGUGUGCAAAAAAGGUUCUUCCUGAUGGUGAUGGUUUUUACUGUGACAAGUGCAAUGAGUUCGUCAAGUCUGUGUCUCCAAGGUUUCGUGUGUGGUGUCGUGUUUAUGAUGCAUCUAGCUCAACUGAUGUUCUUAUCUUCGACAAGGAAUUUGCUACCUUCAUGAAAUGCUCUGCUGCUGAACUAAAAGAAAGUAUAGGAAGGAUGGAUGUAACUGGUGUAUGUGAAGGUAAUGGCUUUGAUAAGAUAAUAGGGAAAAAGUUCCUUUUCCGUGUUAGAAUUUCAGAGGAUUAUGCUAAGGGCCUCCCUUGUGGCAUUAUAGUAAAUGGAAUGACUGAUGAUGAAAACACUGUGAAGAGUUUUCUGGAUAAAUGGGAUCAACAAGUGCCUUCACCUAAAUGUGUAUCACAAACACCCUCAAUUGAGGAAACUGAAUCUACUGAAGAUAGUUCCUCAACCAUUACUCCAUCAGAAGUUAUUGAAGUUGGAUUUGCCAAUGGUGGUGAGCAUGUUGAAAAGUCUCAUAUUGCGUACAACUUGCGCAAGGGAAAGAAGAUUAAGUUGGAAGCAGAUGAGGAGUGA